AUGGCUAAACGACGGAAAACGGUAGAUAUGUCUUUAGUACGAUAUUGGCCAUAAUGUAAUGUGGAGUGCGCGCAUUUUUGCUAAAAAAAAAAAAAAAAAACAUAAAAAAGGAAGAAAAAACAACAAAAUUCGAGCGUGUGUUGCAAAACGAAAGUGUUUCGUAAAAGCAGAAAAAUAAAAUACAAACGAUAGCAUAAACGAUAAAGAAGGAACUGGAGAAACUACGCCAGUUAUUGAAGCUUACGUCUGCAGAACGAGCGUUUUGAAAUUUUGCACUGAUUUUUUUUUCGAAUAUAAAUAUAUUUUGUUGGAAUUUAAUGCUUUCAUGCAAAAUAAGUAGACAACGAAAAUGUUAGGCACCUUCAGUUCAGUGGCACCAUAUUUGAAAUUCAAUCCCAAAUAUGUGAUCACCGACAAUUUUGUAUUCAAAUUGCAUUAUCGUUGGUCAUUCAUUAUCCUGCUGGUGGCCACCAUAUUGGUUAGUUCGCGCCAAUAUUUUGGUGAACAUAUAAAAUGCAUAUCGGAUACAAUACCAGCGCAUGUGAUAAAUACCUAUUGCUUCUUUACGCCCACCUUUACGCUGGUGCGUCAUCUGAAUAAUAGCGCUUUGGAUAAAGGUAUCAUCUUUCAGCCUGGCAUUGGGCCAGAGCAGUCACAAAAUGAGGAGAUAAAACGCCAUGCCUACUAUCAAUGGGUCCCUUUCGUACUCUUCGCUCAGGCAAUACUCUUCUAUAUACCACACAUUUUGUGGAAAUCAUUUGAAGGCGGUCGCAUUAAGGCACUCGUUUUCGGUUUGCGUAUGGUCGGUCUCACGCAAUAUAUAA